AUGGUGAUGAUGGUGGUGGUGAUGGUGAUGAUGGCGGUGGUGAUGAUGGCGGUGGUGGUGGUGGUGAACGUGAUGAUGGCGGUGGUAAUGAUGGUGGUGGUGGUGAUGGUGAUGAUGGCAGUGGUGAAGGUGAUGAUGGCAGUGGUGGUGGUGGUGAAGGUGAUGAUGGCGGUGGUAAUGAUGGUGGUGGUGGUGAAGAGAGAGUUUCCCUUGAAUCUGGGCUGGGCUUGGAAUCUCCACCGAACCAGCAGUGUGCCUGAAUAUGUCUACAAUCUACACUUGCUUGAAAACAAUUUUGCUGGUGGGCGAACCCCGAUCACCGCAACCUAUGACAUGCCCAAGGGGGGCGCCACGGCCACAUAUGACAGCCGCUGGGGGCGCGGGCCAGGCUGGCACAGUUCGCAGCGUUCGGUGGAGGAGCGCACCUGGCGGCAGCCGCUGCGCAGACUGGAGGUGUCGCCCGACAGCAGCCCCGAGCGUGCGCGAUAUGCGCACAGCCUGUGUGAACCCCGCUGCGCCCCGCGUGGGCCCAGCCUUCGCAACCCCGAUGCCCGCCGGACCCUGCUGAUGCCCCCGCGUUACGCACGCUCUGAAGCGGCGGGGUUGGGGUUCUCCGGGACGGCCCCCCGCACCCACAACACCUACCACGUGCAGCAGCACGCGGGCCCCACCACCGACUGGGCCUUCGAAGGUGCGCGGCCUGGCACCAGCCACAGCCUGGGCAACCUCCUGGAGAAGGAGAACUACGCGGCCGUGCGGUCCCUGCCGCAGCCCUUCCACCACCGCACCAGCCGCUCGUUCUGGCGCCAGAGCUCUUUCCACAGCGCGCGUUCGGUCCCGGAGGCCGGCGCCAGCGUGGUCGUGGACUCGGGCCGCAAGAUGCACAUGACUGCUGGGCAGGUGGCGGCUGUGGGCGGCUCUGCGCCCCUGGACCGGACCCUGCUCCCAGAUACCCCACCCGGGAACUUGGACAUGGAGAUGACCCUGGAGCGAGCCGUGGGCAUGCUGGACCCAGACCACACACCGCCUGCCAGGAUCUGCGCGGCCGCCACCUUCAUCCAGCACGAGUGCUUCCAGAAGGCCGAGGCGCGCAAGAGGGUUAACCAGCUUCACGGCAUCCCCAAGCUCCUGCAGCUGCUCAAAGUCCAGAGUGAGGACGUCCAGAGGGCUGCGUGCGGGGCCCUGAGGAACUUGGUGUUUGAGGACAACGACAACAAGAUGGAGGUGGCCGAGCUCAGUGGGGUCCCUCGGUUGCUGCAGGUGCUAAGGCACACCAGAGACCUGGAGACCAAGAAGCAGAUCACAGGUUUGCUGUGGAAUUUGUCUUCCAACGAUAAGUUGAAGCACAUGAUGAUAACAGAAGCCCUGCUCACCCUGACGGAGAACAUCAUCAUCCCCUUUUCGGGGUGGCCGGAAGGAGACUACCCCAAAGCAAAUGGUCUGCUCGAUUUUGACAUAUUCUACAACGUCACGGGAUGUUUGAGAAACAUGAGCUCCGCGGGCCCCGAGGGCAGGAAGGUGAUGCGGAGGAGCGACGGGCUGAUUGACUCCCUGGUCCACUACGUCCGGGGCACCAUCGCAGACUACCAGCCAGACGACAAGGCCACGGAGAACUGCGUGUGCAUCCUGCACAACCUCUCCUACCAGCUGGAGACGGAGCUCCCAGACAGGUACUCCCAGAGCAUCUACGUUCAGAACCGCACGGUGCAGGCCGACGACAACAAGAGCAUCGGGUGUUUCGGCAGUCGGAGCAGGAAAAUAAAAGAGCACUACCCAGAUUUGCCAAUGCCGGAGGAGAAGAGCAACCCCAAGGGCGUGGAGUGGCUGUGGCAUUCCAUUGUGACGCGGAUGUACCUGUCCCUGAUCGCCAAGAGCACCCGCAGCUACACACAGGAGGCCGCACUGGGUGCGCUGCAGAACCUGACAGCAGGGAGUGGGCCCAUGCCCACGGCAGUGUCCCAGACAGUGGUCCAGAAGGAGAAUGGCCUGCAGCAUGCCCGGAAGAUGCUGCACGUGGGUGACCCAGUGGUGAGGAAGGCUGCUGUCUCCCUGCUGCGGAACCUGUCCCGGAACCUUGCCCUGCAGAACGAGAUCGCCAAGGAGACACUGCCUGACUUGGUUUCCAUUAUCCCUGACACCGCCCCACGGACAGAGCUGCUCAUCGAGACCACAGCCUCCGCCUGCUACACCCUGGCCAACAUCAUCCAGAACAGCUACCAGAACGCGAGGGACCUCCUGAACACGGGGGGCCUGCAGAAGAUCAUGGCUAUCAGUGCCGGAGACAGCUACGCCACCAGCAAGGCCAGCAAGGCCGCCUCCGUGCUCCUGUACUCUCUGUGGACACACACAGAGCUGCACAACGCCUUCAAGAAGGCUCAGUUUAAGAAGACAGAUUUUGUCAACACCAGGACUGCCAAAGCCUACCACUCCCUGAAAGACUGAGGGAGGUGCCCCCAAACCGCCCCACUGUUCUCAGCCACCAAAAAAUCCCACUGGAAAAUACCUAUUUUUCUACGACCCAGCCCAACAGACAUCAAGAUAGCGUGCCCUGUUCCUUUCCUGCCUGUUGCCAUAGUCCCUGGAAUCCAGAAAACAUCGCUAGAAUAUACUUUUAUCAGUUUCCCAGAAGACAUUCGCAUGUCUGCACAGCCCACCAGCUGUGGGCCAGAUUUCACUUACUACGAAUGGUCUCUGCACCCAGGACAAUGGCCAUGGGACUCUUGGAGCUAACAUGUAAAUUAUGUGGAAUGGUCACCAAUGGAGCCGGCCAGAAGCUGUCCCAGCCCUGGGACUUUGGAAGCUUGAUUUACGUUUAUAGCCUCUCUGGCUUCCCCUCUAGUCAUGCAAAUCACCUCUCCUGAAGCACAGUGUGGUUGAAACAGGAGUGGAAACCACCAGAAACUUCUUCAGAGCCCCCAGGAGAAAACUUAAUGGCAAAAUGGUUUGUUUACUCCCUGCUUCUCUGUCCUCAUUUUUUCCCCUCUUAUUUUCAGUUAAGAAAUUUAGAUCACAGCAUGUACGUAACAGUAAGAAAGUGAACUGGGAGGUGGCUGGAAGGACUCGAGCAUCUUUCCCCAAGAAAGGCAGCUUUGGCUGAGACAUGCAGUGUUCCCUCCGAACACCAAGUCAGGGUGAUUUUUGUUCAAGGAAAUGCUUUGCCUAUAACAACACUAUUAAAUGCUAAUCUCCUGUUUGCCAGCACCUACCAUGGGCUGGUGGAAGGACAGGUCGGGCUCUGCUCUUUGGUUUCAGGAGGAACCAAGGCCUCUUUGAUCUGGCAGCCAGGUGACCACAGACAUAGCUGGCUUAGUGCGUUGCUUUGCGACUUGAAAAAUUAACAGGGUCUCUAAACCUCACGGUGUCUUCCCUGGGCCAUGGCUUUAAGUCAAAGAAACUGGAGAGAAGCAAAAUGAAGAAAUCAUGUUAAGGAAAAAGGUGCCUAGUCCAUGAAGAAGUGAGAAGUCCUAAUGCUGAAAAGUUGGAUGGCACCGUUUGCUGCAGCAAAUCUGUUUUGUUAUUUUAAGUGGAUGGUGAUGAACACCCUUGUGAAAUCAGCCUUCUCAACUGUAAUUCUGUCAUGUUUUGCUUUGUUUAAAAAUAUAUAUCUGACAGUGUUUGUUAUAAGAAAAUAAGAAGGAAGAAAAUUCUUUCAGCUGCUUUUGUUCAGAAAAGUAUAAUAGCAAAUAAAU